AUGCCCUCAAUACACUCACUCACUGUAAGGCGUUCAGCAUGCCUCAAGCAACUUUCUCAAAUAUCUGCUGGUCUAAAUAUGAGCAAACUACCACCACCACCACUACCACAGCCGCCACAACCACCACAACCACCACAACCUUUGGAAUCUUCAUAUGACAGAAAGAGGACUAGGGCUAGGGGGAGAGUGAGGGGUCCUGAAGAUUGGCCUACAACUCCUGGGGAUGACACCAGCUUUAUCCCUGCCAAGAUCAGGUGGGACACCACCAAUUUUGAUGGCAUUAUAAUCCUUGUAUCCUGGCUUGCUGCAUAUCCAGCCGACUGUCGCAUACUCUGCUCCAAUAACAAAAAAAAUCGCAGCACAGUGAUCGGCACUGAUCAUCCUUUGGGCAAGAGUAAAGCCAAUAUCUACCUUGUAAUUGCCAGACAUGUAUUUGAAAAUGACCCAAUAUAUGGGACCCAGUAUGCUGGAGAAGUGAACCAGCUGAAGUUCGGACAAGCCAUUGCCAAUUGUCUUGCAUAUCUCAGGGGGAAGUAUAAGGCUGCAACCGAUCGUUUUGGGAUGACUGGUGCUGGCAUCAACCCUCUUAACCCUCUUUCUAAAAUCUCUCGCCCUACUGGCAAGCAGGUUGCCUCUCAUCCUGCAAAUUCCAGCACCACCACAAAUGAUUCCAUGGUGCGCUCACAAGCAAAGGGGAAAGAGAGGGCUGCAAAUUUUGAAUCCAAUAAUGCCCCUCAUCCUACUGCCUCUCAAACUUUUUCCAAUACCAACCCUAACCUCGACGAUAUGUAUGCCGACAAUUCACUUGACAAAGGUGUGCCCCCUGCUACCUUUAUUGGAGGCCACAACCCUCCAUAUGACCCUACAUAUGACAACUUUGACCCUGCACUUGAGGAGCAUGAUCUCAGAAAUUGGGAUGACGGUGCUGAGGAGUUGGAGUUGGAGGUGAAUAACGAGGAACAGGAUAACACUCAGCGUCCAAGCAAUAAAUGCCCACACCAAAGUAUGAUCAUCAUGAAGCAGCCUUUACUGGCAAGUCUCAUGUUGCUCGUGCCAUGGAUCAUGGCUCCCUUCAUGCAAAAAGUCAACAUCUAUGGCAUCCUCAUCAUAUCACAAGACUUGCAGACCUUGCUCAGAACUGGUCAGAAAAAGACUGCGCACAAGUGCAGCCUUUCAGGGCAUGUUCAAUUGGGAACAUCAGAUGUGCUUGACCACGCGGGGUCUCUCACCAACAACAUAAGCUAUAUCUACUCUGUGAAGGAAUCUGCCUCCAAGUAUAAAAUUGCCAAGGUCAAUUCACUCUGCCAAGGUCAAUUCACUCUGCCAUGA